UCCCAAUGUAUUGUUCUGUGUGAUAGGGAUAUGUACAGUGAUAUGCACAGACUGUUGAAUUGAAGCAGGGAAUGGCUACACUCCGAUGGCUAUGUGUUGUGUUAGCGGCCUCAGUACAGCGGGUCACUCCAACAGUAUAUUACAUGGACGACACAGGCACCGACUGUAACCCCGACAUGAAAGUCGUGAAUAGUGGGGCUUCCUUCGUGAAAGCGUGGCGUUGGUUGCCGCGUUACUUCUAUGGCCAAUGCACCAUGCAUUUUGUUACUAAUGCCAAGGAAUACAACGCUCUCCGCGUGACUUUCUUGAAUCUGACAAUACAAUCAGACGACGAUGUCGCUCUUACAUUUUACGACGCAAACAGCACAGAUGACUACGAGAAACAGUUGGCGUCCUUCACUUACAGCGACAGCCACAAAAUUCCCAAGUACAUACAAACUACUGGUAGAUAUCUGUCCGUGGCACUAAACAGGGUGUUCAAUUCCAUACAUUACAACUUUAAUGUGGAGAUUAAGCCAGUUUAUAUAAAACAUGAUUCUGGAGGCAAGUCCAGCGCGAUCGGUAUCGCUGUAGGCGCAGGCCUGGCAGCACUACUAGUGAUAAUAGUAGGAGUGACGGUUGGUGUCGUCUGCGUUUGUAAGAAGCAAAAGCAGCGCAAAGCCAAUAGUCUGAUAAACGACUCCAGUGGAAGCAGUACUAAAUCGGAUUACAAUUCUAUCAAUGAACCAAGGCACAUCCAGCAUUUCCCCAAAUGCGUUGAGCCACCGCCCGCAUUCGCCCCUGCCUUUGUCCCAAAUAUGCCCAACGCACCAGCGCUAGCACAUCAAGACCACGUUUAUCAGGAUAUGCAACAGCACGGCUACCAAGACUAUGGAGACCCCUAUCAACAGUACUCUGGUUAUUCGAGCAUGGAUUAUACGCAGGGCGGCGCUGCUGUGCAUCAGUCACAUUGGCCUUAUGAAAAGCCUCCAUUUGAUUCUCAGUCUACUGCCGCUCAGUAUUAUGGACAUCCGGAACACCAAGGUCAAUAUGAGCAUGUGCAAAGCAAUAAUGUGCCUCCGCCCUAUGGUGGCACGUUGUACCCAACAUUACAUGAUGUUCCUUCCGAAUAUUUACAUACCAUAAACCGCCGAUAAUUAUAAUGAAAGAAAACCAAGUUACCUAAAAAUUGUUUCAUCUGAGUGUUCUGCCUUGUGGUAAUAAAAUUCGAAGCACUAUGUACUGCUUCAAUAUAAAGCAACGUUGAUGGUCACUGAGUCCAAUGUUGUGUCUUGGCACUCAGACAGACAAAUACAUGUAUAUGCAUGUACACACAGUCUCAAGCUCGCUUAUCAGUGGCAAAAAAGCAUAGUUACGAAGAAUUUUCCUACUUUGCCCUCGCACACCUCACUAAAAAAGUGCACCAAACUUUAUUUUUUAUCAGCGAGUAUCGAUAGCUGUCUAAACUCUGUACAAAGUUAUGCACAGAACUACUCAGAGAAAUACUUGGGAAUAUCUAGUGCAAAAAUAUAUCUUUGGAGGG